AUGCUCUUCUCAUCAGCUAUCGCCCGGCCUUUGCAGCUGGUCACUCGUACCCUGCAGUGGAUUAGCGCUGUCAUUGUCAUGGGCUUGACUUCAUGGUUCAUCAGCUACGGUCGUCCCCAUGGCACACACAUGCUCUACCAGGAGGUCAUUGCCGUUCUCUCUGUCGUCUUCUUCAUCCCCGCUUUCAUCUCCCCAUUCCUCCCAUCGGCUUUGAGCAAGUUCGUGCUCCUGAUCGACGUGGUCUUCUCCUACCUCUGGUUAACCGCCUUCAUCUUCGCAUCCCAAGACUACAACUCAAGAUGGUGCUACUUCACCCUUCCAUCAGGCAUCGGCUGCCAAUACAAAAAGGCUAACGAGGCAUUCAUCUUCCUUGCCUUCAUCUUCACCUUCUUCGGCAUGUUCCUCGAAGUCGCCGCUCUCUGGGCCUACCGCAAAGAGACCAACCCUAACGCUCGCACCACUGCCGCCGAGGAGAAGAUCGAGACUGGCACCCGUAUGCCUCUUGAUGCACCUGCCCCGGGUACUGGUCCGGCUCCUGGUGUUGCUACGACUACUCAUGCUGGAGCUGUUUGA